AUGGAGGAGAAUUCAUGGGGGAAUUGGUCUUACCAAUUGCACCAUGAUUCUUUGCCUUUGUCAUCAUCAAAGGCUGACCACGGGUCGAAUUCAAGGAAGACUCGAAGCGCUUCUGAGACGCUAGAUCACAUAAUAACAGAGAGGAACAGGAGACGUGAACUUACAAGAAAGUUCAUAGAACUUUCAGCAUUUAUACCUGGACUGAAGAAGACGGACAAGGUUCAUGUACUAGGAGAAGCUGUCAAGUACGUGGCACAACUUCAAGAACGUGUGAAAGAGCUAGAAGAAGACAUCAAGAAGAAAGGUGCGGGAUCAUUGAUCACCAUAACAAGAUCUCAUCUCCUUGAUGACAAUGACACUGCAAUGGGUGAAAUGAACACUAAAGAAUGUUAUCGGCACAAUGAAACAUUUCCAGAGCUUGAACUUCAAAUUCUUCAUCUCUCCAUAACAACUACCAAUGUCUUGCCAUUUGGAAAUACUCUUAACAUCACUAUUAUUGCCCAGAUGGGUGAUAAAUACAAGUUGACCGUGGAGGAUCUAGUGAAAAAACUAAGAGUAGUGGCUACGUUGCAGGCAUGUGAUGAUGUGCAACAGUGA